CGUCGACUUCAGUUGGGAAAAAUACGCGUGAAGUAUAGCAGACGUCAACAUGUCGGUUAUCUUAACGUCAUGCCGAUAUUCGCGCCAAAAGGCAAUAGAAAGGGCGCUGAAGAAAAAGGCCGAAUUAAAACGUGCUAAGCGCCAGGCCAAGAUGGACGCUCUGAUUGACAGCAUGGGAGGUCAGCCCCAGGUUAACUCCGCCACGCUUGUCUGGACUUUCUUUAUGGACGAUGUUCCCACCAUGGUCGUCUUUCGUCGAGAUCUCAAUACGAUAACAGUGAAUGGCAAUUUCGUUGACGCCCUGAAUCAGUUUGACGAGACGGGGGCGACGUUUGACUUCGAAAUCAACGGACACAAGGGCCGGAUAAAGUCGUUUGCUGUUGUCAGGACGGGCCUUUCGUUCGUGCUCACAAUUGACGGGCAGGAAGUACCGAUGACGUCAGAGCCAGAAUUUGCAAUCUGAAGGGACAUAUUUACAUCUUUCUCACUUAAAAUGUAACACUUAUACUGAACACUCUUGGUACAUUUGCAACACUAUAAACUAUAAACUAAUAUUUAAACAUCAAUCAUAUAUAUAUAUAUAUGCUGGGUACUGUGGACUAUGAAUGGUCGUUCUAUACUUUGCAAUCGUUGGUUGAAUUCCUUGUACCCUCGCUUGGUACAAUGUGCAAUGAAAUGCUGGAUUCAAAUGUGAAAUUAUGAAAUCAUCGCAAGAGAUGCUAUAGCACACAUCCCUUCAUUUUGAAGUGAUUCAUUAGGUGUAGAACGGCCUAUAACAAUAUACACACGCCGGGGCAGGUAAUGUAUUGACAAAAACCAACACCAUGAAGCAUGGGUAUUCAAUUUUAACAAUGUAAAUAUCAUAUAAGGCAAGUAAUAAAAUGGUGGGGUUUCUUUUUAAUGUGUAAGCAAUUGCUUUAUUACUACUAUGAUAUGACAUUUACAUUUCCGACACACACACACAUUACACACAACAUAUUUUUAUAAUUAUUUUAAACAUAACAAACACAUAUUUGUAUCAUUAUUUUAAACAUUAUACACAAUACAUAUUUUUAUCAUUAUUUUAAAGGUACUUGGCCCUCAGGACAACGAUAAUUAUUUCUAUAAAGUAGUUACCCGUCCUUCCUUAAAGUACCUUACCCUAGUUUCAUCAUGCGAAAACGGACACUAAAUUUGGUUAAUAACGUGUAACACAUUUGAAUAAAGUUCCAGAUGAGUUAAACAAGAAUCGUUGACGUUGAAACGGGGAAAUCCCCUUAAAUAAACGUUACAUUUAAAAAGUACGUGCUUUUUUUAAAUAUGACAAUAGAUUUAGUGUAUUAAAAAUACUCACAAAUGCUUUGGAUGUACGGGAAUAGAUAAUCUAAACAAUAAAACCUAUGUAAUGUCCGAUUUCAAUUAUAAAAAACGAUUCUAAUAGUGAAAAAUACGCUGUAGUGUUUAAAACUAGGGUCCGUCACUUUAAUAUAUAUUAUCAUCAAUUUCUUCGGGAGAAAACUCUUCUUUUUAAGGGCGAAAUAUCCUUCACCUUUGUUAUUCAUGUGUUAUAGUAAUAAAAACAGCAAAUAAUUUAAUAUGAACUCGAACAAAUUAACACAUUCAGACGUCGUUGUGUUAAUAUUUCUUUGAGUUUUAAAACUGUAUCUUCAAGUUUUACUUUUAGGCCCAGAAUACGCAUUACUGUUUUUCACUUCACCAUCCAAAUCACAUUGUACUUAGUUCAUUACAAAUGAUAUAUUUUCGUAAUGCCUAUCCUAAAUAUGGUAACCCCACCUCCCAAUCAGAUUAUAAUGAAUUUAUUGCAAAUGCUAUAUUUACGUACAUGCCUAUCCUAAAUAUGGUAGGCAAUAUAUUUACACAAACAGAACUAAAAUGUCCUUUACUUUUUUUUUUUUUUUUUUUUUAUUGGCCCAAAAAUAUCGAUAAUGUCCGUCCUUAACUUUAUGCGGAUUUACACUUUUUUUUAACCUCUAUUGCUCCCGAGAGUCUUGUGAUGGUAAUGUUUAAUGCAAAGCUUUCUGUGAUGUUAAUUUCAUGUGUAAUGUUCAAGAUGAAUGGAACGUAGAACACGUUUUUAAUUGUUAGUAGGUAGCAAACAGUAUAGCUCUGUGUUGCUCUAUUUUUGCAUAGCUUCUUAUAUUUGUAGACAUGGUUGUACCUAGCGGUGGAUUGGGGUGGGAUGUGUGUUAGAAGGGAGUGGUUUGGAGAGAAGUGCCUUAUUUCUAAAGAAGUGCCGUUUUCAAAGACCAACAUCUCUCCUAUUAUUUUAGUUAUUUCAAUAAAUGUUUUAUACGUACACCCAAAUAAGGUUCAAGCAGGCUGUCCUGGGCACAGACAUACCUCGAAUAUACAGAGAUAAAACAUUAAGGGGACACCUGCAAUGUUAGACCUCAUUUUAUUCAUUAUUUGCCUCGUAAUGUCUGUAUAAAAUAUAAAGAAAAACAGAACAAGUUUGUUUUGUUUAACGACACCACUAGAGCACAUUGAUUAAUUAAUCACCGGCUAUUGGAUGUCAA